GGUUACAAAACAGGAUUCCUUGAAAACUAAAUCUUCAAAAAAGAGGAGUCAUUAGAGGCUCAGAUGUAGAAAUUAAAUGUCCUCUCUGUGGGGACAUGUGCUUUUUUUGCUGUUCUAAAGCAUGGAGAGUGUGGACAGCAGGCCAUGCGUGGUGGGGCAUCAACACAGCGCUAAUUUCUUCAGGAGCCAAUGGCCAUUUCCUACAACACACUGGUUUGUUUUCUAGAGGUAGUCUACGCGGGGGAUGGUCAGUGGUAUGGUUUACGGUCCUAUAGUCUAUAUGGUUUGUGGAGAGACUAAAAAUUAUUUAGAGAUGAGGAUUUUGAUUGGGAAGGGGUUGUGCAAUUAGUCAAACUCAGAUCUUUUUAUUGGCUUAAUGCGAAAGGAUGGCCCAACUUGUCAAAAGAAAUCUGGUGUUUCUUCACCCAAAAUGGCAUUAAUGGACAAAGGAUUAUAACAACGUCAAUUGUGGGGUCAAGGAAUCUCGAAGUCCCAAACCUCCCGUUUUCCCAAGGUGCAUUCUUUUAAAGUACCUUACGUUGAUCUUGAGUUGUUUUGGAUGAUUUUAAGCUUUUGUUUUGACUAUGUGGAUCGACGAUUGUUGCCGUGGAUUUUGUGGGUUGUGGGGUUUUAAGGAUUGUGCGAUUAGAAGUUAUAUUUUAUUUGCACUCCAAUUGUUCGAUGAAAUGCUUGUGAGGGAUGUGGCAGUUUGACUAUGCUACUUUCUGGUUUUCUGGUUGACAGACGCCGGGGUUAUGUUCAGUUUUUUCAACUCUAGUGGAGAACUAUGUAUAUAAGGUUCUAAUGGGUUUCCCUGUAAGAUGUUUUUAGCUUCUAAAGAAAUAGUAAUUGAAGCA